UCCGGUAUGGCAGACGACAGCAGAAUUGGUUUCGAUUUGCAAAACAGAGUUUUAGAUUCUGAACACCCAUCACUUGUUGAUCGCUAUUACCAGUCCAAAUACAUUAUAGAUUCACAGUCGAGGAAGGAUGAAGAUUUAUGUAUAUUAACCCACUCCAACAGAAUCUGUAUAGUGACAGUAUCAGAGUGGCACCCAAUCAUCAGGGAGGGGAAGACGGUAUCAAAAAUUAAUUUUGAGGUGGAUGGAAUGAACCGACUGGACAAUAAGAUAUCAGGAAAGGGGAAAAGAGGAGCGCAACUCUUGACGCCUUCCUCGGCUCUCUGUGAAGUGUCUUGCACUGAUGAAUCUAGGUAUACAAUUACCUGUGGUGUAAGGGCACAGCUUAUUGAAGCCAAUGAAAAUCUAGUCAAGGCACCUCAGUUAUUGACACAAAAGCCACAAACAGAAGGAUAUAUAGCCAUUGUUCUCCCAAAAUUAGGAGAUUUUGAAUCUGCAACAAAGAAUUUAUUGUCCAGGGAGGAGUAUAAGAAAAUACGUUUCUCAGGAACCUUAAGUAAUGCAACCUGAAGGAAAACUAAAGACAAUUUCAGUGCAAUUUCUUUUAAUUUUUUUACAGUGUGAUAACAUUAAAAAGUUUCACAAACUGUGUUAUUU